AUGAACGUUGACUUAAAUGCACCAACGUGGGCACCGACGGAGCUCAAUACUCCAGUCGAUCCUCAACUAGCGAUGGAGGAAGAACCACCUUUGAACGGUACGGAACGCCUGGCCGACGCAAACGGGGAGAUCACCUUGAUUCCAACCCCGACCAACUCCCCCGAUGAUCCACUGAACUGGAGCACGUGGCGCCGCUAUUGGCACGCGUUCCUGAUCUUAUUCAUCGUCGCAUUCACCGCCGCAACCUCCAACGAUGCAGGCACCGCUGGAAAUGGUAUGAAUGAACAGCUCGGCAUCAGCUGGAAUGACAUCAAUAUUGCUGCUGGUGUCUUGUUUGUCGGAAUCGGUUACUGUACUCUUCUCCUGAGUCCCGCCCCUUUCCUAUACGGCCGUCGUAUCUCCUACCUGCUCUGCUUGCUUUUCUCCAUCAUCGGAUCGAUCUGGUUCGCAAACGUCGAAACUGUCCAGGACAACAUUUGGAAUCAAUUGUUCGUCGGCGCGUCGGAAUCAUGCGCCGAAGCUAUGGCCCAGCUAUCCCUGUCGGAUCUCUUUUUCCAGCAUAGCCGUGGUAUGGUCUUGGGUCUCUACAUUCUUGCGACCAGUAUUGGAACAUUCAUGGGACCACUGGUCGCCGGUUUCAUCACUGAUAGCCCGGUGAUGGGUUGGAGAUGGGCUGGAUGGCUUGGGGCCAUUAUCUCGGGAUUCUUGGUCAUCGUGUUCUACUUUGGACUGGAGGAGACCGCCUUUGAUCGCAAGGCCGUCCUGCAGGGGUUGAACGUGCGCCCAGGGGGUGCUACCUCGCCCCAAUUGACCUUGGAUGAAAAGGACGACCGUCCCGCCAACGUCGAACCCAUCCUCGUCAGCAGCGCCAGCGCCGAAGACAUCGAGAGCGGUCAGAAGAAGGGGAAGACCUACUGGCAGCGCAUCGCGCUGAUCACUCCUUCGCCGACCAUGAUCGGUACCGGCUUUAAGCAGUACUACCUCCGCAUCUGGCACACCCUGCGCAUUUUCACUUUCCCUGCAGUUAUCUACUCGGGACUGCAAUGGGGCGCCCAGGAUGCGUGGCUCACCUUUUAUCUGACCAUUGAAGAGGAUAAUUGGUACGAGGCUCCUUGGUACUACACCGAUGCCGCGGUGGGCAUUAUGAACGUGCCUACCUUGAUCGGAGCCUGCAUCGGCUGUGUUUACGGUGGUUGGUUCUCCGAUUACUUCGUGACUUGGACGGCCCGACGAAAUGGUGGUAUCUUCGAAGCGGAGCAGCGCCUGUGGCUCCUCUUCCCCGUUGCCUUCAUCGGCCCAGCGGGUCUGAUGUUGUUCGGUAUUGGGUCCGACAAGGGCUGGGAUUGGCCAUGGCCCUACGUUGGACUGGGUUUCAUUGGAUUCGGUUGGGGUUGUGCAGGUGAUCUCAGCAUGGCCUAUCUUCAGGACGCAUACCCUGAUAUGGUUCUCGAGGGCAUGGUGGGUGUGUCCGUGAUCAAUAAUACGAUCGGAUGCAUCUUCACUUUCUCCGCCCAAUACUGGAUCGACGCACAGAGUUUGACUCAGGUCUUUGUCGCCAUUGGUGUGCUGAGCUUUGUAUUCCUGAUGACGACUGCCCCCAUGAUCUACUGGGGCAAGAAGUGCCGUCGCCUUACUCAAAAGCGAUACGAGAACUUCCUCCGUAUCCGCGACGGUCAUCUCUAG